AUGUCGGCUAUUGGUAGUCUUGUCUUUUGCACCGACUGCGGAAACCUCCUCGACGGAUCCGCCGGCAAGCAAAAUGUCAUCUUGACCUGCGCGGCAUGCGGAGCGCAAUGUAAAGAUACAUCAUCCAAGACCGUCGUCACAGUUUCCAAGCCCACCGCUUUCCCGUCGUCGCUGCGCGCAAAGAGAUCCGAGGUCCAGACCAUAUCCGAGGAGGACGUUCAGACGAGCAGCGUUAUCAAUCAUCCAUGCGAGAAAUGCGGAAGAGAGGAAGUGCGAUACUACACACAACAACUGCGAAGCGCAGAUGAAGGAAGUACUGUCUUCUACGAGUGCGACUGCGGUCACAAAUGGAAUACCAACAACUGA